GAAGCCCAGAAGAUUGUGGAUUCUUGAUUAGAUGCUCAGAUGAAACAUCUUAUAUCCUUAUUUUCCCAGUCCCUAUCAGCUUUCAUCAUUCUAGCCAAUGUUUUCAUUAUACUUGGGAUCCUCUUCAAUCGCAAGCUUCAUGGUACCAUCAACUGGUUCUUCCUGAGUCUGCUCAUUGCUGAUCUCUUGGCUGGAGGAGCCCUUUCCCAUAUCUCCAAAAUGUCAUUUGAGAAUUAUAAGUGGUCCUAUUGGUGUUUUGCAUAUUAUGCUAUGCCCAAUUUCCUUUUCCUCUCUUUUUUAGCCAAUCUGCUGGUGAUGCACUAUGCUAAAUAUACAUGCAUCAGUCAUCCAUUGCACUAUCACCAGUCCUGGGUUUAUCGUUGGGCUGGUCUUUACAUAUGCUUAGCAUGGGUGUCUCCCUUGAGUUUUGCCUCCAUGCCAUUGGCUUGGUACCAACGGAAGUCCAAUAAUACUUCCUGCUCUGCUGAACAAAUCUUAUCCUGGCCUUACCUCUAUGUGGAAACCUAUGUGUUCAUCAUCCCAAUCAUCUUUGCAAUAGCUGUAAUGGGUAUCCAAAUGCUCUGCAUUGCCCGAAAGCAGCUUAAAAACAUUAAAAAACUGCUUAAUUCAGUGAAUCAAAGUCAGACCCCGUCAGAUUUGGAGCAACAACUGGAACUGAGGCAUGCAAAGAGUAUCGCCAGUGUAUCUCUCAUCUUCCUGGUGUGCUGGGUGCCAUAUAUUGUUUGUUUGAAUAUCUCACUGCAUUUAGAAAUAAAGGGUAGUAACACCCUUCCUAUUGUUAUCUGCAUAGGCACUUCCAGUGCUGCUGUAAUACCCAUCAUUCUCAGUCUUAGCAAUCGUCAAUACACCGAAUUUUGGAGUGACAUGGCCAAGAAAGCCUAUAGAGCCUGCUGCCGAAGACAGGGGUGCAAACAAAAACAAAAUAAUCAGCCCCGUGGCAAUAACAACGAACCUCCUACAAAUCCAGUCUGA